AUGUCGGCUCGAACUUCUCUUCGGUCUAACGCGGAUUUUAAUCCCAUCACCUUACCCUCUGCUUCUCGACCGCAAUAUGUAAACGACGAGGGAUACGAGUAUGAUCCUAACGACAUAGAUGACGAUCAACAAGGCCGGGGGAAAGGGUAUGGGGUGGAGGGGCUGGAAGAGGUGAUUGAAGGUGGGGAAGAAGCGGAAGCAGUGGAUGAGGAAGUUGGAGGUGACGAUGAUGAAGAUGUUAUCAUGGAUGACAUACAGGUGGAGUAUCAAGAAGAACAAGAAGAAGAAGAACAAGAAGAAGAGGAAGAGCAGAAAACAGAACCUCUAUUGAGUAUAGCAGAGAGUCUGGUAUUACCUUAUUCGCUCGUUCAAACGAGGAUAUAUCAUCGAACAUCGCUUUUCCCACAUAUAUUCUCACAUCCUGUUAUUCCAUCACAUAAUAAACCCAGAGCAAGACCACCGCCUAAAGGGACAUUCAUUUUUCCUACACCUACUGCUUUGAUCCAUCCACUCCCACAUACAGAGUAUCAUGGACCACUUCGACCGCACAUUGCUGAAUCAUCCACUUCAAUACCAGUACCAAUACCCCCAACAGUACCUGGUGAAUCAUCGAAUUCCCAUGAACACAACAAUCCCUCUGCAUCCACUUCGACUCCUCCACCUACUACAAAAGGUUCCAGAACCCCUCGAUCUAAGAAAACUGCUCACGCAGAAGAAGUAGAAUGGCCAGCACAUGAAAUAGAAUGUAUAUCGCGUUGUACACUUACCGUAGGACCUAUAUCUUAUCCUGGAACAGAAAUAUGGUUAGGCCAUUUCGUCGAACCUCGUAUCACUCAAGCUAAAAAGGAAAGAGCGAAACCUGGAGAAAAGAAAGAAAAACGUAAAUUACUCGCACAAGACACUAUGAAACGAGCAAAAAUAAAAAAGACCGGCAGUGGUGCAGAAGGUGAAACUCCUCGUAGAGCCCACCCUAAACCAUCCAAAUCCAAAUCUACACCUAAUUCAUCAGGUCCCGUAAGACCCCCUCCCUACGUACCAACUCAUAUACCUCGUCCGCCGAUACACAGGCUUCCGCCUGGUCCAAUGACUACCUCAGUAGCAAGACCCAUACCACCUGCAGCAGCUUCGACUUCAGCGAGGCCGACAGCUUCCCCACAACUCAUCCAGCUGGUCAAUCAAGCGGCUAGUAGACAUUCUUGGUUAUCUUCCCUCAUUUACAAGGCAGCCGGUAGUACGGCAAAUCAAACAGAGCUGGAAAGAUUAGGUAAAGCAGUGGCGAGAUUAAGUAGAGGUGAACCAAUAGAUGAUUUGGCUCCACCACCUGUCCCACCUGGACAAGCAGUCGCUGGCAUUGAACCUUCGACGGCGGCGCAAGCCAGACCAGUCACAGCUACUGGAGGUCCAGUCGUAGCUCAAUCCGUGACAAACCCAGAUUCAUCAGUAUCCGUGUCUGCUACAGCUACAACAGGCUCACCAGCACCCAAGCCUGCACCACCAGCAUCAAGUUCUGGUACAACACCAACAACAAUGACGCCUGCAAACCCACCAGCAGCUUCUACCACGAAUGCUAUAGAUACCAAACCGGACGAACCAGAUUCUGAUGAUGAAAUCGAUAUGUCUGGACCCAAACAAAUCGGUGGAGGACCUUUGCCUUCUGAUUUAGAUCAUGCAGAUGCGCCACCAGAUUCUUCCCAAACAGUCGCCGAUUUACCACGACCAUCACAUUCAUCACCACCACGACCAUCACCUCUUUCUAGUCCCGUAGAUGACGGGGCUACUAGCAUUACAGCAGCUCCAAGGCUUCCACCGACGCAUGUUCUUUCUCCUCCAUCAGCGGCAGCAGAUUCUAUAAUUACUGCUUAUCCCGCUGCUGUGGCUACGAUGCCGGCUAUAGUCAAUCCCCUCUUUGCCAAUGAAUCGACUAACACUGCACCAAAUACCGCCUAUUCUCGGCCUCCUUCUGUCCCACCCUUCGCUCAACCUUCACCUUCUCCUCGGUUACCCACCCCCACCCCGCCGCCCCCAGUACCGCCGAAGCGGGUCCACCCAUUGCCUCCGCCUUUCCUCCUUGUGGCGUUCAAAGAGCAGCCAACGGAGAAGUACCUGAUUCCCCUUGGAAAGAACAGCUUCAUUUCCAGGGUAGGCGGAGACUACGUGACUGGACCUCGACCACCGACACCUGAACCCGAACUUCAACACGACCUCAACCCGGAGUCAACAAAGAUUAAGCUUGAAACGAACCCUUCUACGAUUCCUUCACUGUCUUCCGAACCAGCGCAAAUUGAGUCUCCACUUGGUCCGGUGGUCAAUCCUGAUGAUGUUCCUCCAGCAAUACCAUUGAUAGCCGGAAAGCCACUUAGAAGUCGGACUCGUCAAUCUUUAGGCCGGCAUGUCAAAGAUCUGCCCAGUCAAAUAACGGUCCUUACACCGCCUCCUGCUGAAGCGAUACCGACGCCUAUACCCCAACCAGAAACAGAACCAGAAUUGAAAGAGAAACCGAAACCCACUUCUGGCCUCCCACCUUUACCUAGUCAAAGUCCUGCCGCUGGAACAGUUCUGAUAUCCACUGUAAUCCCUUCUGGUAUUUUCAGAUGGGAAAAGGUCGAUUGGGAGAAACUGGGAAAAGGUAUUCCUUUUGAUAAUCCUGAAUUCAAGGAUGAUGAAAUCAGCGAACCAACAAUUAAAGAAGAACCUAAGGAUGAAACUUCCUCAGCUAUAAAGCCAUCAAAGCCCCUGAGAGAUUUGAGACAUCCUCGAUCAAACUCUGAUAUCGCUGUUGAACAUAAAUCGAAACCCAGGUCAACUAACCCUAGCUUAUUGAAUCUUGCAGCAGAAGACUUCAUGAAUCCCCAAGGUGAUAUCCAGCCAGUCACCAUAAGGUUGAUGGGCAUCACCGACGAAGUUUGGAAGAGGAUGAAGCAAGUUGUGGAUACAGUGGAGAAAAACGAGAUUGAGGCAAUGGUCAAAGUAGAACCUGAGUUAUUGAACGGUCUCGACCAGGAAACAUUGGACGAUAACAAACGGAGAAAUCAAGACAUACCUUUCCCUUCAAACUCGGCAGCUUUGAUAGACAAGGGCGAGGUGAACCAAGAUGGAUUACCGAAUGGUAAAAGUCCGCUGUCAAUCACACCACAACUACCUGUGGCGCUAACUAAAAGUCCUCGUCUGUCUUCCAAAGCACUCGCAUCCUUAAAAUCAGUUUACCUCUCUCGGAAAACAGCACAUUUCACAAGCCUCCUCAAACGCGUACCACCUCGAUCAUUCCUACAGACUCGAGUUGCACCACCUCGUUCAUCGGAAUUAGUAGAUGCCACAACCGACAAAUGGGCACCCAGACCUUAUCCAAUGUCGACCAAACCUUUAUUCGUGACAAACGAUGACGAGAAUGACGAUGGAAACGAAAAUGGUGACGACGUUCGACUGGAGAUUGAAUUCUCACCUGAACCGAAUAAUGGUAAAUCAAACAAGAAAAAAGGUGGAGACAGUAAAGUCACUUUUGAAAUGCCAGUUUCAUAUGAUAAACUAGAUGAAAAGAUCGAACAAGGUGUUUUACAAAACCUCAAUAAGAGGAAAUAUACAAGAUCCAAAAAAAAUGAUAAAGAUGGUGAUGGUAACGUUGAAGUGAAAGAAAAGAAGAAGAAGAAAGGUAAAAGAGGUACUCAACAUGGUAUUUGUGAAGGUUGUGGUAAGGAGAAUAUCAAAGUUUGGAGAAGGGGUCCAACGGGAAGGGGUACAUUAUGUAGUCCAUGUGGUGAUCUAUUUGUUGCCAAGAAACUAGGUCCAUUGAAAAGACCGGGAGCUAUGAAAGUCCUACUUGGUGAAGGAGAUGGAGCGGACGAAGAGAAAGGAGAUGAUACGAUGAUCCAGGUGGAAGAAGAACAAGAAACGCAAAGUGAACACCCAACGCCGAAUGUUGAUGCAGUCGAAGGAUCUUCGAAGAUACCUGCAGCAGCGGAUGAAGACAAAUCUGCUCUGUCUACUGCGAAAGCAGAAGAGCCUAUAGAAGAAGGUGACAGAGCACCUGCAGGAGCAGAAAACGUGCCCACCGUCCCUUCAUCUAUCAAAGGCAAUGAUCCUACUCCACCCUUGCUUGUCAAUCAACCAAACGCAGUAUCCAAUGACUUCCCCGAUCCAGUAUCAGUCCUCACGACAAAUGGAUCCACCACAGACCGGCUAGACCCGGUGAACCCCGAAAAAUCUGGUACUGUGAUUGAAUCUCAAAGUUCAACUUCGGUUAGUGCCGAGGAACAGAUAACGCCAUCGUCACAUUUGGGAAAGUCUGGAUCAAAGUCUGGAUCUGGACAAGCGGUUCAAGGGGAUCUUGAAACGGGAAACGAUUUUCAAGUGCACGAGAAGAUGGACGUUGAUGUAUGA